UCUCACAGUGUGACGUAUGCCCUGGCGCCCGGUUAGCUAGCUUCUAAGCUAGUUAGCUAGUUGUGGUUUCUAAUUGCCAGUUAAUACCAGCUAGAACUAGCUAGUAAGUGGCGUUUUCUUCCCUGGUUACUCUCAGCAUCGACUAUGGACGACGAAACCCACCCCAGAACCCUGUAUGUGGGAAACCUCUCCAGGGAUGUAACAGAAAUUCUGAUCCUGCAACUCUUCACCCAGAUAGGACCAUGCAAAAGCUGUAAAAUGAUCACAGAGCACACGAGCAAUGAUCCCUAUUGCUUUGUGGAGUUCUUUGAACACAGAGAUGCUGCUGCAGCCCUUGCAGCCAUGAAUGGGAGGAAGAUAUUAGGAAAGGAGGUUAAAGUAAACUGGGCCACUACUCCAAGUAGCCAGAAGAAAGACACAUCCAAUCACUUCCAUGUUUUUGUGGGUGAUUUGAAUCCAGAGAUUACUACUGAGGAUGUCAGGGUUGCGUUUGCACCAUUUGGGAAAAUAUCGGAUGCCCGAGUUGUGAAGGACAUGACGACAGGCAAAUCAAAGGGGUAUGGAUUUGUGUCCUUCUACAACAAACUGGAUGCGGAGAAUGCCAUUAUUAACAUGUCGGGACAGUGGCUCGGAGGGCGCCAAAUCAGGACUAACUGGGCUACACGUAAACCUCCAGCUCCUAAGAGCACUCAGGACAAUGGUUCAAAGCAGCUGAGGUUUGAUGACGUAGUGAAUCAAUCCAGUCCACAGAACUGCACCGUGUACUGUGGAGGGAUCCAAUCAGGGCUAUCAGAACAUCUAAUGCGACAGACCUUCUCACCAUUCGGUCAGAUAAUGGAAGUCCGGGUUUUCCCGGAGAAAGGAUAUUCUUUCAUCAGGUUUUCCUCCCAUGACAGUGCUGCCCAUGCCAUUGUUUCAGUAAAUGGCACAGUCAUUGAAGGACACGUAGUGAAGUGCUUCUGGGGCAAAGAAUCACCCGACAUGGCAAAAAGUCCACAGCAGGUUGAUUACAGUCAGUGGGGACAGUGGAACCAGGUCUACGGGAAUCCGCAGCAGCAGCAGCAGCAGCAGCAGCAGCAGCAGUAUGGGCAGUAUGUGACCAAUGGGUGGCAAAUGCCCUCUUACAACAUGUAUGGCCAGACAUGGAACCAGCAAGGUUUUGGAGUAGAGCAGUCCCAGUCAACAGCCUGGAUGGGAGGCUUUGGAUCUCCAUCAGCCCAGGCCGCAGCCCCGCCUGGUACAGUCAUGUCCAGCCUGGCCAACUUCGGCAUGGCUGGCUACCAAACGCAGUAAGAAGGCCCUAACCUCAAUGUAAUACCAAGGCGACACAGCACUCUUACAUUUGGACAGCUGCUGUGAUAAAAGAAGGGCGGGGCCGUAUUCACAAAGCCUUUCUAGCUAAUAGUUGCUCCUACACAAUUACAGUAUACAACAGAAGGGAGCACACCCCUGUGCAAUAUUACAUAAAGGUCAGAUGAUCAGAGCUGUACUGUCUAACAGUAAUUGUGUUACUUCUGAGUACAGCAGUAUGGUAUUUGCUCUCAUGCAAAGUUAAAAAUGAAUGGUAUAUAUUUCCUUUAUAGUAAAUGUGUUUAUAUAAUAUUUGCUUUUCUUCAUCAGAGGAAAUACCCUUUCAAUUCACGCAAUAAUGCUGUUACUGAUAAAGUUUUGAAUCUUUUGAAAUCUAGGUAAUAUUGUACAGGUGUGUAUUCGCUUUGGGUGUAGAGUGUAUGAUUUUAAUCAUAGUCAAUUAAACUCAGAACAUUAAAAAAAAAAAAAAAAGUUUGUUUCAUUAUUAUUCCUAAUUCUGUUUUAAAAGAGGGAAAAAAAAGUGCUCUUGGGCUUCUCAAGUAAAGCCAAACCAACUGUUUUUGUCUGAGUACGUGUUUAAGGACACGCCGUCCUUUUGAGUGCUAGACCAUGUGAAACAUCGAGGAUUCAUGCCUACAGGGUAGAGAUCUUGGCACAGAGACAGAACUUACGAUGCCUUUCCUUUCAUCACACAUUUAACAGGUUGACCAGUGGGCCAACCCAUUAAAACAUCAAUUUAGUACAAAUUCUUUCAUAUUUUACAAAACAAAAGGGCCUUAGAGAAAAUGUACGUGUAACAUAGCGCACACUUUUUAAAUGCCACUAUUAUUAUUAUUUUUUUUAAUCCAUCAGCUCAUGAGGAUUAAAAACCGUGAAAACCUCAAACAUACCAACAUUAAUAUUUAAAAACCAAACUAUGGAAAUAUUUUUUUUUUUUAGGUUGAAAGUUUAUUUUCUGGUCGUGCUUGUCAUUUUAGGGCGUAAAACAAGCCUUCACGCGAGUUCAUGAUAGUGCUUAACUGAUCGAGCUGGUAAAUCCUUCAUGGAUUUGUGCUACACUGCACUGAGCCGCAAGAAUGACCCACUCAACAUUGGUCUGGACCUUCAGGGAAUAAAAUAUCCAGACUUUUAGUCCUGUUUUAAUGUUUUAAGUCAAAAAUGCUUUGUGAAUAGAGGCCCUGAAAUGGUAGUUUACCUUUCCAUUAUAUGUGAAGAAACUCUUUGUACAAACAACUGUGGCUUUAAAGGAGAUUCGGGUGGGAAAUGGGAUGGUGUACCAAGAAGAUUUCACCUACACAGGUCUAAAAGCAAAAAAUUAUUAGAAUUUUAAUGUUUUUUGUUGUUGUCAUUUUUGUUUUUUAAAUCUGAUUUCCAGACUUCAGUGAAUUUUAGUUUACUCCGUACUGCAGCCAAGAUGGACUAAUUCAUAAUGUCUCAAAGGAACGGCUGCAGCACCCAGUCUCUGUAUAUAGAAAGUAUUGUAAAAACUGCUUAAGCCCCCAAACUUUGUAAAGGUAACAAACCCUGCUGUGCUGAUUCUGGGGCUGGUUUCCUAGAGGAAUGCUGACUCUUAAACGUUUUUGUCCGAUUCUUCCUCCGUGUUAACGCCAUCAUUUAAAACCACUUCUUUCCAGUGGCUUUGAAUUUUCUGCAUAGAGUUGUAGAGUGAAUUUUGUACUAUAACCAGCCCUAGUUUUAUUGCAUAAUUCAAAUAUUAUGGUUUAGUUACCCACUAGCAUAAAGAAAAGCUCAAAUGUUUUAGGGUCAUAAAGAAUUAUUUUACUUUUAUUUUGAAAGCGGAGGGUCUCCUAAGUGCACGUAUCACUGUUUUGUUAAUGUGGCAGAAACUUCCCCUUACACAUUCUGAGUUUUCGGUUUAAAGAAUAUUGACACGUCUCGGGUAAAUCAUAAAUUACGACAGAAGGAUUUCUCACAAACAUCCUGCCAUUUUGGAUUUUAUUUGUGUUUGUGCCAUUUGUACAGAAUAUCACACUCCCUGUUUGCUACCUGCUCAUUCUGUAGUGCUAGCCAACAAACCUGAUACCGAUUUUGGUUUUUUUCAUUCGCACUGGGGUUUUCAUUGAAUUAAACAGGGUCUUGUUUGUCUAGAGUGUAAAUACAAACCUUGAUCACAAAUCCUCAAAACUUAAACUGAUGUACAUACUGUAGGUAGAAUGUUACAAAGUUAAUCUCCAUCAUUAAAUUUAAGCAAUAUAGUUUGUGAAUGAGCCUUAAUUGAUUUGUUGGUAAAUUCUGAAUUUGUUAUUUAAAGAUGCUCCAUUUUAAAUCUAAAUUAUCUUCCUUUUGAUUUUUCCUCAUUUUAAGUUUGUGUGCCAUUUUCAGGAUGUAGCAGGAAGCAGGUGAUGUAUCAACUUGAACUGCACGCUAAUGACAUGUAAUAUAUUUGUUGCUUAAACUAUUGAAUGUAAUGACGAUUUGCUUUUUUUUUUUUUUUUUUUUGACCAUUAUACACAUAAAUUGAACAACAGAAGUGAUGUUUAUAUAAUAAUAAAGGAUUGAAUCGAUUUCACAUUUAAUGGAAAAACUCAACAAAGUCACUUCAAAUAAAGAAACCU